CUGCUUCACGUGUGUUCCAGUACACACAGGUUUUUAUUAGGAAAGAAAUUUGUUUUAAUCGAGUUUUAUCAUUUUAAAGCAAUAACACGAAUUAAAAUACGUACUUUAACUGUUUGUGUCGUUUGUGAUUAAACAAUUAGCACUCGGCUUUAGUGUUAGGAUUUAAAAAUUUUAUAAUAGCGUUGAAGAAUGGGUGAAGCGAAAAAAGAUAUGUAUGAUGAUUUAGAAAAAUUGCUGCAGCCAAUUAAGGCUGUCGAGGAAAAAUGGAAACUGGUGCCUGCUUUUCUGAAAACAAAAGGGUUGGUGAAACAACACAUUGACUCCUACAACUACUUCAUCAAUGUUGAUAUCAAGAAGAUAGUGAAGGCCAACGACAGGGUUUUAAGUCAUGCAGAUCCAACUUUCUACAUCAAAUAUCUUGAUAUUCAUGUGGGAAAGCCAGACUCAGUUGAAGAUAUGAAUCAUUCUCGAUUGACAACACCACAUGAAUGCAGGUUGAGAGAUAUGACAUACUCUGCACCAGUUACCGUGGACAUUGAAUACACCAGGGGACAACAGAGAAUUGUACGGAAUGGAAUUCCAAUUGGAAGAAUGCCCAUUAUGCUUAGAAGUUCAAACUGUACUCUGGCUGGCAUUUCACCUGCUGAAAUGGCUAAAAAGAAUGAAUGCCCUUAUGACUGUGGUGGCUACUUCAUUGUUAGAGGAAAUGAGAAAGUGAUUUUAAUUCAGGAACAAAUGUCCAAAAACCGCAUGAUUGUCGAAGAGGACAGAAAAGGCAAUAUGUCCUGUCAAGUAACCAGUAGCACACACGGGACAAAGACACGUACAAACGUCGUUGUAAACAAAGGCAAAUACUACUUGAAACAAAAUAGUUUCCAAGAUGAUAUACCCGUCGCCAUAGUGUUUAAAGCAAUGGGCAUCGUGUCAGACCAAGAAAUAGUACAAAUGAUCGGUACGGAUGACCGUGUGAUGACGUCUUUUGCACCUUCCCUGGAAGAAUGCGUACGCGCCUCCAUUUUUACUCAACAGCAGGCAUUACGACAUUUGGGAAACAAAUUGCGUCAAAAACGGUUCUUUGGAGGUCCAAAGAAAACGGCCAUAGAAGAGGCAAGAGAAACACUUGCCACAACUAUACUUGCCCAUGUUCCGGUGGAAGACUUCAAUUUCAAAGCGAAAGCUAUGUAUCUAGCUUUGAUGAUUCGACGGGUCAUACAAGCUGAAAAUGAUCCAAGCUCCGUCGAUGAUCGUGAUUAUUAUGGUAACAAGCGUUUAGAAUUAGCGGGAUCGCUACUGUCGCUUCUGUUUGAGGAUUUGUUCAAGCGGAUGAAUUUCGAGUUGAAACAAAUUGCUGAUAAGAAUAUUCCAAAGAUUAAAGCGGCCCAGUUCGAUGUUAUCAAACAUAUUCGAACAGAUCACAUCACCAUGGGGUUAGAAAAUGCUAUUUCUACGGGAAACUGGACUAUCAAACGUUUCCGGAUGGAUAGGCAAGGUGUAACGCAAAUGCUUUGUCGCUUGUCGUACAUUUCCGGACUUGGAAUGAUGACCCGCGUCAAUUCUCAAUUUGAAAAAACACGCAAGGUAUCAGGGCCCCGCUCUUUACAGCCGUCACAGUGGGGUAUGCUUUGCCCGUCAGACACACCAGAAGGCGAGGGAUGUGGUCUAGUAAAAAAUUUGGCACUAAUGACUCACAUCACGACCGAAGCAGAGGAAGAACCAAUCAUCCGGAUUGCACAGAAUAUGGGGGUGGAAGAUAUCAAUCUGUUCAGUGGCGAGGAAAUCAGCGACCCGAACGUUUACACCGUCUUUCUUAAUGGUAACAUUCUCGGGCUUGUUAAAAACUACCAGCGCCUAAUCCGCUACUUUAAAUUGGCGAGACGUCAUGGCUACAUCAAUGCAUUCGUUUCCAUUUACCCACACUUUCAAACUCGUUCCGUUUACAUCAGUUGUGAUGGUGGUCGUUUAUGCCGGCCUUACGUAAUAGUACGGAAAGGAACACCAGCCGUAACCGAAAAACAUAUGCAAGAGCUGGCGGAUGGCUUUCGCACAUUCGAAGAUUUUAUUUACGAUGGAUUGAUUGAGUACUUGGAUGUAAAUGAAGAAAACGACAGCAACAUUGCUGUCUACGAAUCGGACAUCACAAUAGAAUCCACUCACCUCGAAAUCGAACCAUUUACCUUGCUUGGUGUCUGUGCUGGCCUGAUCCCUUAUCCCCACCACAACCAAAGUCCUCGAAACACGUAUCAAUGCGCCAUGGGUAAACAGGCAAUGGGUACCAUCGCUUGCAACCAACGCAAUCGAAUUGAUACGUUGCUCUACAACCUGGUUUAUCCGCACAAGCCAAUGGUGAAGACCCGAACCAUUGAGCUGAUUAACUUUGAGAAUCUUCCCGCUGGACAAAACGCAAUGGUCGCCGUCAUGAGUUACUCUGGUUUUGACAUUGAAGAUGCCACUGUCUUAAACAAAGCUUCACUUGAUCGAGGUUACGGUCGUUGUCUUGUUUACAAGAACGCCAAAUGCUCUUUAAAACGUUACAACAAUCAGAGCUCAGAUCGCGUUAAUGGCCCUAUGGUUGAUUCAACAACCAAAAAACCUAUCUGGAAACAUGAAAUUCUAGACGCCGAUGGCUUUGCAAGCGUUGGUCAACCGGUUCAACCUAAACAAAUAUUAAUUAACAAAGCAAUGCCAACUGCCCCUGUGGUCACUGUUACACCGGGAGCGCCAGCAGCCGUCCCGCUGCCCGAAUAUCGUGACGUUCCCAUCACUUAUAAGGGUGCAAUUCCUUCAUACGUAGAAAAAGUGAUGUUCUCAUCCAACGCUGAAGAAGCACACAUAAUCAAAAUCCAGCUGCGACAAACCCGACGUCCUGAAAUCGGAGACAAAUUCAGCAGUCGGCAUGGUCAGAAAGGAGUCACUGCUCUCAUUGCUGAACAAGAAGAUCUGCCGUUUACGGAACUAGGAAUUUGCCCCGAUGUCAUUAUGAAUCCCCAUGGAUUUCCAUCUCGUAUGACUGUCGGUAAGCUGAUCGAACUACUAGCUGGAAAAGCCGGUGUGUUAGAGGGAAAGUUUCAUUAUGGCACAGCAUUUGGAGGGUCCAAGGUUCAAGAUGUUAGUGAAGAACUCAUUAAACACGGAUUUAACUAUCAAGGCAAAGAGUGUAUGACGUCUGGUACAACUGGGGAGCAACUGACAGCCUACAUUUAUUUUGGACCAGUUUACUAUCAAAAAUUGAAACACAUGGUGAUGGAUAAAAUGCAUGCACGAUCACGUGGACCAAGAGCUGUCCUCACUCGACAACCAACAGAAGGUCGAGCUCGUGAAGGCGGUUUACGUCUCGGUGAAAUGGAACGUGAUUGUCUUAUUGCAUACGGAUCGAGCAUGUUGAUUUUGGAGCGGCUAAUGAUAUCCAGUGACGCAUUCGAUGUCGACGUGUGCAAUCAGUGUGGCCUGAUGGGGUAUUUUGGAUGGUGUCAUUAUUGCAAAUCAAGCGGAUCGGUUUCUUCCAUCCGUAUUCCGUAUGCGUGCAAACUGCUAUUCCAGGAACUUCAGGCCAUGAACAUAGCUCCACGUCUUAAAUUGGAUAAAUACUUUGACUGAUAAUGUGAUAUCUCAGACUCUGUCGAACGUUACUUCAGUCAAAUUUUACUAUAAUAUUGUGUGAUUUUAAAGGUC